AUGGGUAAACGAAAGUCGGCUCAACGAAGAAACAAAAAGUUCAAAGCAGCAGAUCCCUUUGCUCGUGGAAAGUCGCAAGCUAAUCUUGGUCAGAAAAAUCGAGCUGCGCGAUUUGAGAUCAUUCGGCAAGAACUAAAAGAUGAUAUGAACAAAAACAGUGAUGAUGCACUAGAAUUAGCGCUCGAUUCCGAUGAAGAUGCUUCUCAGCACGACCGUUCAUCUUUCGAACCGUUUCUUCAGACUAAAAUCGCGGCAGAACCUGGCGAAGAUGAGUCAGAUCACGAGGAGUUCGUGAAACGAAAUGCCGAACAACCUCAAAAAUUGGGGAGAAAAGCGCUGUUAGAAAAGACGCAUUUCUGUGGCGAGUGUGGUGCUGGAUUUACUCGUCUGGGACGUAUGAAAGCACAUAUCUGGAAAUUUCACUGCGAUCCUGACACUAUGGACAAAUCGAAAGAGGCUGCCAUGUCAAUUUGCGUCUUCUGCGGGAAAGACUGCGGAACACCAGCUGCCACAAAGGAGCACGUACAAAUGCUACACAAGAAUGCGAGAAUCAAUCAACGAGUUGGAUUUAAGUGUGCAUUUUGUGCACUCCAUUUCCGUGGAUAUCAGCAGUUGACCAACCAUCUCAUGAAAACUCAUAAAACUCGAUUCAACUGGGUGUGUAAAAUUUGUGGCGAAAAACGAAUAUCAAAAGAGUCUGUCGAAGAUCACAUUGAAGAUGAACACGGAUCAGCUACUAUUGGGCCCCAACUCGAAACUUACGAAUGUGAGCUUUGUUCGUAUGGUUUUCCAGAAAUACGACGAUUUUCAUCGAGAGCCUAUUUUUUGGCCCAUGUGUCGCAGAAUCAUGCUGGUCACCCAGAGGUUUAUAAAACGAUCUGUAAAAUUAUCGUCGGAGGAAAUCAUAUUGAAGCAGAGAUUUUGGAAGUGGAUGACCCCGUUGAAAAAAUACCUGCAGUGCCGGUACAAGAGACUGCUGAAGAUGAGGAGAUCUGUCUCAAAGAAGAGGACGAGGGAGAAAAAAUAUCAGUAUCAAAAUCAAGGAAAAAAGUGUUCGCAGAAAAGAAGUUUUUCUGUGAAGAUUGUGGUGCUGGAUUUACAGAGCGCGGAGGUUUGCGAAGGCAUAUGAAGAAUAUUCACGGAAAGGCUCUUCCACAUCUACGCAUUAGUUCGAAUCCUAAACAUUAUCCUUGCCCGGAAUGCAACAAGAUGUUCGCACGUAAAUGGCACAUGAAACGACACGCGAGAAGUGUUCAUUGCAUUUUCCUUGGGGAGCAGCAUGUAAAGGAGAUUUUGGAAGAAGAUCAGCCCAUUGAUGAAAUGACUCCAGUGUUGGCGCAAGAGAAUUCUGAAGACGAAGAAAUCUGUCUCAAAGAAGAAGACGAGGAAGAAGAAAUGGCAGUCAAAAAUGAAAGAGAUGAGACCUGUUUUAAGCAGGAGCUACAGACAUGUGAUGAAGCAGACAUUGUGCCUGCACCUUUUCUUUGCGAGCUUUUGCCUGAUUCGGUAAAAGACGAGGUUGUCGACGAAGCAAUGAUCAAAGAAGAACCAAAAGACGAAGAAAACAAUCCUGUUCUUACCUCCUUUCUCCCUCGAAAACCUUCGCGACCUAUUCCAACCCUGCCGAUAAAGCCGAUGCCUUCACUCUUCAAUGGUCCGCGAAAGUUCAGCUUGAAAAUUAACUACAGUUCUCUAAAGUUCAAGCUUCCACAAAAGCGAAACUUUCAAGAGAACGCUUCCUACGAAAAUCAGGAUGAUGAUCUUUCACAGAAGACUGCUAAAGAAGAAGUCAAGGAAGAAUACCUUAUAGAAUAG